UCAAAUAAUAUUGAUCCCAAUUUAAUGAUGAAAAGUUACAUGAAAUUUGUUGGGUGGUGGAACCCAAUAGAUAAAUUGUUCGUUUAAUCUAAUUCGAUCCGACUAAAUUGAAAAAAAUGGACAUAGGCAGUUCAGAUGAUGAUGAUGUCAUCACUGAUGCCACCACAUUGGACAGGUUACCCUUGGAGGUGUUGGAACCCAUCGUGAAGCUGUUGCCGUACAAGGACAUGGUCAAGGCCACAGAAGUUUCGAUCCGAUGGCAUCAAAUCGUGGACGAACUUUUGGGAAGAAAGUUAUUCGUUGGAAGGGCGUGUCAGUUUACACCGGAUGAUGAGGAACGUUAUCGCCAUAAUUAUGUACCAAUCACAAAUAUGGGGAAAUUGGGAGUCAACACUUGUUAUGUUGGCGAAGUCGUGGAUAACACGAAAUCCAUGAGCAGUUUGGUGUACUACUGGACUAAAUUAAAGUAAUCUCAAAGAAAUAUUUGUGUAAAACUAUGCUUUAAAUUGAUAAGUUUCUAAUGAGGGUUAUGAAAUAGGGACACGCUGUUUGGUCCUACGCUUCCAAAAUUUAAGUAUCCGCACUUGCUGAAGCACAUAUUCUUUGAUGGACCGCUCCUUUCUCGAUACUUUGACAGUAUUGUUCGCCCCCUGCAAA